UGAACGGAGGCGCGUUGUCCCCGCGAUCCAAAUAUUGAUCCGAAGACGCGAAGGCGUAGCGUCUCCGUCUCUCCCCUUUCGCCCCGUCCAUCUCCACGCUCCCGAGUUUUCGGUCCCCUCCCCCGACGAAAAAUGACUACUUCAAGGCGCCUUGCUGACAGAAAAAUACAGAAAUUCCAGAAGAAUAUUACAAAGAGGGGGUCAGUACCUGAGACAACAGUAAAGAAGGGAAAUGACUAUCCUGUUGGUCCUGUUGUGCUUGGGUUCUUCGUCUUUGUGGUCAUCGGAUCAUCUUUGUUUCAGAUAAUUAGGACGGCAACUAGUGGCGGGAUGGCAUGAAGCGUAGGGGACAAAGGAAGCCCUGCUCAAAGUAUGUGAUGGUUUAAUUUUCUCGGAGACAAAAAAGAAGAAAGAAAAUGUGUUAUGAGAUUGCCAAAUCUUUAGUCUAUAACACAUAUACAAAACAUUUCUUGACGUCCUUGUCUUCCUUUAGUCCAACUGCUAAUUCUGGGUCUAUAUUGAACUCCAUUUUCUCAUAUAUGACUUUUCUAUCUUAAUGAUAUGACCAAA